GUGUUUCUGGGGAGACAAUAACCCGACGGACCAGUUGCAGGAACCCAAAACAUGAUCCUCCACUUCUUUUAAGUUUCUCCCAGAGCUCCGGGAGAUGACGUCACACAGGUUCGCCCCCCACCCGCCCCCAUUUUGGCAGCAAUCCGCUGACUGCCGUGGUGAAGGAGGCUAACCAUGGCUGAUAACUGGUGCGCCCCAGGUUGUACAAAUAGACGAGGAAAAAAGAAAGGUACGUCGUUUUACCGCAUUCCCAAAGAUGCGGAAAGGCGUACUAAAUUGAUUAGCGCCAUUAAAAGAGCCAGGAGUAAGCAAAACAAGACUGAAAGAUGGGGCCCUCCAGCCGUCUGAUUCCGCUUGUGCAGCGAUCAUUUCAUAUCGGGUAGGCAGAAGAGCGAUAAUCCAUACAGUCCGGACUUUAUUCCAUCUAUUUUCAGCAACGUUCCAUCUGCAGAGAAGAGAAGAAAAAUGAGGCUGGAUGUGUUCAACAGAAGACAGAAAGCAAAGCUACAACGGAUAGAGCAAGUAAAGCUAUCUGCAGAAGGCAUCCCUCCAAGCAAGAAUCCUACUGCAGACAAAACUCCCAUCUCACAGCAUUUGAAGGACUCCACCAAUGAAGAACCUGGAAAUGAUGUCCAGCCUGUUUUCCAUGAGAAUGUUCUAUUAUGUAGCACUGAAACAUGUGGUAAACGCCUCCAAUCUCUUGAGCAAGAAUGCCAAGCUCUGAGGACUGAAAAUGUGUUGCUGAAAGAAAAAACGAAUAACACUACCCUGAAUGAAAUGAGCUUCCAUAAUGAUGAUAAAAAGGUUUGAUAUUCUUACUGGUUUACCAACAAAUACAAUUCUCAUGACAGUUUUUCAUUUUGUGGCUGCUUUUCUCAAACUUAAAUCUUCUUUAACAUGUUUUUUGCAGUACAUGUUAACAUUAAUGGAGCUUAGAAUGAACUUGUCCUUUGACUUUUUGGCUUUUUAUUUCAAAAUUGAUUCAACCACUGUUUCAAAGCUUUUCAAACACUGUAUUAGUGUGAUGCAUUGUAGACUGGUGCCAAGUCUAGUGUUGUGGCCUGACAGAGAAUCCCUAAGACAAUCUCUUCCAUAUGCAUUUUGGAACAGCAGCUUUGAGAAGACUGUUUGCAUCAUAGAUUGUUUAGAAAUACUUCUAGAGAAACCGAGUAGAUUGCUAGCCAGUUCUCAGUGUUACUCCUCGUACAAGUCACAUCACACAGUAAAAUAUUUAAUUGCAAUUUGACCUCAAGGUUUUAUUUGUUUCAUCUCCUCUGGAGGUCACACAAGUGAUAGGUUUAUUACAGAACAAAGUAAUUUUUUUUUGUCUCGUUUGCUCCCAGGUGAUGUAGUUUUAGCAGACAGGGUUUUCCUGGUUAAAGAGUCCAUUCAGAGAUUCCAAGCAGAAUUAAAGAUUCCAGCAUUUACUCGCGGAAAGAAACGGUUGGAUCCUGUUAAUUUGGAGAACACCAGAUGUCUAACUUCUCUCAGGAUACAUAUAAAAGAGUAAUAGUUCUGUCAAAAGUACGCGAUCUUGCAAAGCACUGUCCCCAUAACUUUCACAGACAUAGGUCAAGUCAUUUUUUUCUGUCUAUCUUGACAAGAUUGUGGGUGUAUGUUGUGAGCUUACAAAUGUAUCUGAAUCUGUGGUGCCCUUCCAGUGAUGUAAAUGAAAAUGAUGUGACUGAUGUGACUGAUGUGCUCAACCAAUAAAUACACAUUAUUAACUCUCA